UUCAAGGUGCAUCAUCAAUCAAUCAGAUUCUCCAUUAGGAAACAGAUUGAUAACGGACGAAAUUGUCGCCGCUGAUUUGGUAUUCAAUGUCAUUAAUCAGGACAGAAACAUAGGAUCUUACAGACACAUGCCGAUAAAGACUCAAUCAAAAGUACAAACAACACAUGCAUAUGUGCGGAUACAGCAGUCCGGUAACUUGUCUAGUUUGCAAUGGACACAUUUACCAGAGGCAGCUGAAGGUGUUGAAAAGAAUGAAAUGUAUACCGUUUGUUAUUCGGCUUUGAAUUUUCGAGAUGUGAUGUUGGCUACUGGAAAACUGUCUCCAGCUGCGAAUCCAGGCAAGAACACAAAUCCAGAACAAAUGCUAGGAAUGGAGUUCUCUGGUUUUAAUACGCUCGGGAAACGUGUAAUGGGUCUUGCUCCAGAUUUAAUGGGUAUAUCUACAUCGGUUUCAACAAGGAAUGACUGUGUAUGGCCGGUACCGGAUGAAUGGACACUUGAACAAGCAGCUUCAGUUCCAAUGGCAUAUCUCUCCGCAUACUUGGCUUUGGUAAUCAAGGGUAACAUUGCCCAACGAGAAAGCAUUCUCAUCCAAUCGGGUAGUGGCGGAUUAGGUCAAGCAGCUAUAGCUAUUGCACUGAGUUAUGAAUGCACGGUUUUUACGACUGUUAGCACUGAAGAGAAGAUGGAAUUUUUAUUGGCUAGAUACCCAAAUUUAGACAAACUCAACAUCUUCAGUUCAAGAGAUACAGCAUUUGAACAGAAAAUUAUGUACAAGACAAAGGGAGCAGGUGUAGAUAUAGUGUUGAACUCCUUAGCAGGAGACGUACUUCAUGCAAGCGUUCGUGUGCUAAAUAGCUGCGGGAGAUUCUUAGAAAUGGGCAAAUUUGAUUUAUUUCAAAAUUCAUCUUUAGGCAUGCAAAUGUUCUUGAAGAAUGCAAGUUUCCAUGGGGUUCACCUAGAUUUUCUUAUUUCUGAGGAUACCACUGGUCAGCACAUGAAACGUCUCAGUGAAUGUUUCACCAAAGGAAUCUCUGAUGGAGUAGUAAAGCCAUUAAAUACUACUGUAUUUGAUAAACAUAAUGUCGAGGAUGCAUUUCGUUUCAUGACAAAAAGAAAACACAUUGGUAAAGUGUUGAUAAAGUUAAUAGAUGAAAAAGAGUACUCAUUGACAACACUUCCCAUGAUAUCUGCUGAACCUAGGGUCUAUUUCUCUACCUCAAAAUGGUAUGUCAUUACCGGCGGACUUGGUGGAGUUGGUUUAGAACUGGCGGAAUGGCUAUCCGAUAGAGGCGCUAAAUUACUGGUCUUGACCUCAAGGACAGGUGUCAAGACGGCUUAUCAGAAACGCAAAUUGUCAUUCUUACGUGAUAAGGGUAUGGAUGUCCAGGUGUCCACCAGAAAUGUUUCAAAGAUGACGGAAGCCGCGUGUCUUUUACAUGAGUUUAGACCUUUAGGCGGAAUAUUCCAUCUAGCAAUGGUCUUAAAAGAUGGAGUACUUGAAAACCAAGAUGAGACUACGUUCAAAUAUGUAUUCGAAUCAAAGGCACAAGCAGCUAUUAACCUUGAUAAGCUCACAAGACAUCCAUCUGAAUACAGUUGCGACUGGUUUGUAUGCUUCUCUUCCAUUGCCUGUGGUAGGGGAAACGCUGGACAGACAAAUUACGGAUAUGCUAAUUCUGUUACUGAAAGUGUGUGUGAGAACAGAAAGAGGGAUGGGCUUCACGGUUUAGCCAUACAGUUUGGACCGAUCUCUCAUGUUGGUGUAUUCCAUGAGACAAUGAGAAAUACUACAUCAACCCUAGCUGGUGCAGUCCCACAAAGUAUAACGUCAUGCUUAGCGACACUAGAAAAACUUAUGAACCAGUCAGAACCGGUUGUCUCUUGCUUUCUACAAGAGGAGGACACAAAAGAGAAAAGUGAAAUAAACUCAGAAAGUAGAUUGGUUUUAUCAAUAUUUAGAAUAAUAGGUAUUGACGAACAAAGGCAGAUUAAUGUAGAUAGCAAGCUGAAUGAGCUAGGUCUGGAUUCGCUAAAUGGUAUUGAAGUAAGGCAGCUUCUAGAAAGGCAUACACGCAAAUCCAUGUCACUACAACAGGUGCAAAAUAUCACCAUAAAAGAGUUAAAACAACUCGCAAAUCACAGUUAGUCCAUUGUGACUGGUGAAUGAUUGAUUAUAAUUGCGAUUUAUCUCAUGUGGUAUCGCAAAGCAUUUGAAAAUUAUACUGGUAUCAUGUAAUUAGCCGGACACUUUUCAAAUUUAAGACUGUGUCAUG